AUUGCUAAGUCAGCUGACCUGCACAGAUUGACAGUCUCAGAAGUAGGAAGAAGCUUGGUUUGGGAAAACAAAGUUGUAACUCUAUAAAUGACCAAGUUGCUUUUGCCUGCACUGCUUUGAAAAUAACUUUAAACAUGGGCUCUUUUAUCAUCUGUGGUCCUAAAUUGGCAGCAUGUAUGUUGGUGAUGAGCAUGUGGGGAGUUAUUAUGCUGGCAAUGCUGGGGAUUUUCUUUAGCGUACAUUCGGGUGUGCUGAUUGAGGAUGUGCCUUUAAAGGAGGACGACUAUGAAGACACUAAGAACCCGCUGCAGAACGUUUAUGCUGUCUACAACCAAGUUGGCUACAACUGCUUCAUUGCUGCAGGAAUCUAUGUGGUGAUUGGAUUUGUGUCUUUCGUUCAGGUCCGACUCAAUAAGCGCAACGAGUAUCUUGUGCGUUAAUACCCUCUGGUGGGUGGAAAAAUCCAAUUCCCUGAAAGUGAUUUUGCUGUAUUUCCUAUAAGAAUUUUAUUGUUUUACCGGUGUUAUAAUAUUACCUUGCUGUUGGUAUUUUAGCUGUAGUCUGAGCGUUUUCACUGUGCCUUUUCUCUGUAUAAAGCAUUCUCAGGUUUAGAGCUUUAACAAAAAAAAGCCUCUGUGUUGGAUUGAUAUUUAUGGAAGGAUCACUGCUGUAUUUAGUUAUAUGAUUGUGCCUUAAUGCCUUCUACACAUUUUCUCACCAUGUUUAUUGUAUUCCAAAUGCGUUUACAUUUUUGAGAAUUAAAAAAGUGCCACUGUUUUGCACUGUACAUAAAUACAAAUUAGAAAUGACCUUUGUCCAUGUCCAUAAGUAUUCAUGAUUUAAUUUAAUUUGGUAUUAACAGUUUGUAAUUACAGAAAUAAAUUUGUCGUCCUUAUA